AUGUCUCUUCUGCAGGGCUUUGCCUCUGUCAACACAGAGGGGCCCGGGCCGGGGGCCCAGCAGACACAGACCCUCGAGGCGCAGGAGUCCCGCAUCAUCUCAUCCUACGAGCAUGCCCUGUCGCUGAUUCAGGCGCUGCGGGCCGAUGAGGCGGAGGCCUCGCUGCGCCAGCUGCUGGCGGAGCCGCUGGUGGAGGAGUGCGCCACCGACCAGCUGCACCGCAUCAAGUUUUUGGCUCUCAAGAACCUGGGAGACCUGCUGGCGCGGCGCGGGCCCACCCCGGGGGGCGUCCCCGCCGCCCUCGCCGCCUACUGCCGCGCCACCGAGGUGGAGGGCGACGAUGCGGGGCUGUGGAACAAGCUGGGCACGCUGGCGUCUGGGGCGGGGUACUGGGCCGCCGCUCGCAGCGCUCUGGAGCGCGGGCUGGAGCUGGAGCCCUCCCACCCCACCAUGCCAGACAAGCUGCUGCAGCUGCUGCUGCACGUCGGCGACACCGGCGCGGCGGCGGCCCUGGCGGCAGCGCUGCUGAGGGCCAACCCGCGGCACGCCGGCGCGGCGGCGGCGGCGGCGGCGGCCACACGCGGCGGCGGCGGCAGCGGCGAGCCCGCGCUGCGCUCGGGCCUGCUGCAGCUGCCGGCGGCGGCGGCGGGCGCGGGCGGCGGCCGGCCGUCUCACCAGCAGCAGCACCACCAUCACCUGGAGAGGCCCCGCACGUUGGAGCAGCCCUCCUGGCAGCAGCUGCUUCACCACUCGCUCCUCUUCCUCAUAGCCAACAGGCUGGCGGAGGGCGGCGGGGGGGCCACCCCGACCGCCACCGCAGCCGCAGCAGCGCCUGCCGGCAUCGCGGCGAGAGCCGCAGCAGGGGAACCGGCGGCCGCAGCGGAUCGCAGCCACCAGAGGCAUGUGCCGUCGGUGGUGCGCUUCACAUACAAGCGGCUGCAACCGCCGCCGCCGCCGCCGCAGCAGCAGCAGCAGCAGGCGGCGGCAGCUGGGGCGGCAGGAGCGGCUGGGGCGGUGGGAUCAGCCUCGCCCACCGCUCAGCAGCAGCAGCAGCAGCAGCAGCCGCAAGCGGCAGGGGAGCAGGCCACUCCAGCAGGGGGCGCCUCGCCGGCCGCGCAGCGGUCGCCGGCCCCCGCAGCCGCAGAGAGCAGCCCCGGCGCCCCCGCCGCCGCUUUGCGGCAGGCUGUGCAGGCGGGUGCAGCCUCUCCAGUCCCCGCAGCAACUCCAACAGCAGAUGCUGCAGCCUCGCCGCCUGUACCGCCGUCGGCCGGCGGUACGCGCAGCACGCAGAGCCCGGGGGGCGGCGGCAGCGCGGCGGCGGCGGCGGCGGCGGCUGAGGAGGAGCAGGAGCAGCGACACCCAAAUGGCCGGUCGGGCGGCGGCAUCAAGAAGGCUGAGGCUCGGGCCACUCGCUCCAGGGCCGCCACCGGCCAGGCGGCGCCGCCGCUGGUGCCCGGCCCCGCCGGCGCCUGCCAGCAGCAGGGCCCCGAGGAGGCGGCGGCGGAGCUGGUGGCGGCGCUCGGCUUCUUCCUCACCCCGCCCCACCAGCCCGCCGCCGCGGCCGCCUUUGCCGCGGGCUCGCCGCUGCUCUCCUCUCCCGACAAGUAUAGAGGGCCGCCGGGGCCGGGGGCGGGAGAGCGGGUGCCAGCUGGCGCAGCGGGCGCAGCGUCGGCCUGGCAGCAGCAGCAGCAGCAGGCGCCGGAGGAGGAGGAGGCGGAGGCGGUGAAGGUGUUCCUGCGGCGGCUGCCGGCGACGGGCGUGGGGCGUGGGGAGCUGGCGGGGCUGCUGCUGCGCACGCUGUGCGCUGACGUGGACGCCGCCGCCAGGCUGGCGCCCCCCGCCCGCCACCAGCUGCUGCUGCUGGCGCACGCCAUGCAGCACGAGGCCUGCCUGGCAGAGCUGCUGGGCCUGCUGCGCCAGCUGGACGCGGCGGCGGCGGCGCCACCGCCAUCCCCCCGCUCCCCCCCCUCCGCCGUCGGCCUCCCCUCGGCAGGAGCAGCAGGACCAGCAGCAGGACCAGCAGCAGCAGCAGGACCAGUAUCCCCCCGGGCAGCAGGACCGGCAGGCCCAGCAGGGGGUAUCGACGUCCCCGAGCUGCGGGGGUCUCUGGAGGCGGGCGUGUUGUACUGCCUGUACUGGCUGUACGGCCUGCAGGCGCCGGGCCUGGACGAGGCGGAGGAGUGGGGGGGCGAUUUCCAGCCCAAGGGCGGCGCGGGCGAGGCGGCGGUGCGCCAGCUCACCAGCCGUGCCGCCGUGGCGGAGGUGUGGCCUCUGGUGGAGCCGCUGCUGCUGCAAGACAUAGAGCAGCUGGAUGCGCCGCUGGAUGCGGGCGGCGACCCCAUGCAGCGCCUGCUGCAGCUGGCGGAAAGCCAGGGGGUGCCAGGUCAGCAGCAGGACGCCAGCUGGCGGCAGGCGCCAGCUGGUCCGGAGCCGAUGGCGGUAGAUGGCCCCGGCCCGGCGCUGGGCGAGGGCGGUGCGGUGGAUGCGGCGGCGGCGCAGGCGGUACGGGACGACGACGAGGAGCGGUACGGCCACGUGUACCGCAGCCUGUUCCACCUGCUGGCGGCGCUGCAGGAUGAGGAGGCCCCCGCAGCAGCAGCAGGCGGCGACGGCCUGCUGGGCCCCGGCGCCGAGGCGGGCGUGGACGCGGCGCUGGCUGCCGCCAAGCUGGACCUGUGUUGGAGCCCCGCCCGCUUCGCCUCCUGGGAGCGCCUGGCUGUGGACUACCACGCCGCAGCCGACGACCUGCUGAACGAGGCCAGCGGGGCGAUGACGCACCGGGAGUGGAAGCACAGCAGCGAGCUGCCCGGCAGGGUGCGGCGCUGGCGGCGCCUGGCCUACUGGGCCACCGCCGGCGCCUGGCUGUGCGCUGGCAGCGAGGAGCGGCGGCUGCGCCUGCUCACAGCCACGGGCUCCAGGCAAGCAGGGGGGGCGCUGCCGCCGCCGCCGCCGCCGCUCGCGGGCUGCCUGCCGCUGCUGGAGGAUGCCCUCCGCCUCCUGCCCUGGCAGGAGCCGCUGGCCGGCGGCGCGUCCUGGCAGGCCGCCAAGCGCGACCCAGCCGGCGCUUUCCACCUGGCCUGCAGCCAGGCCCUGCACGCCUUUGACCGAGCCGAGGCGGCGCAGGAGGCGGAGGAGGGGGCUGCGGGCUGGGACGUGCUGCUGUCCCGCGCACGCUGUGCCCGCAAGCUGCAGCAGCCGGCGGCGGCCUGGCUGCCGCUGCACGCGCGCGCCUGCCGUGCCGCCGCCGGCGAGCAGGGCGGCGGCGGCGUGCUGCUGCCGCUCUACGCCCUGCACGCGGCACGCAUGCGCCUGCUGCUGGCAGCGCCCGCCGCCGCCCGCUGGUCUGGCAGCAACAACGACGACGGCGGCGGCGGCGGCGGGCAGCUGGCGGCGGCGGCGGCGGCUCCGCAGCAGCAGCGGGAGCAGCAGCAGACGCAGCGCGGCGGGCGGCGGCACGGCCAGGCUGGCGAGGCGGAGGCGGAGGCGGAGGCGGAAGCUGAGCGGCAGCUGCUGCGCCUGGUGGGCAGCUACUGCUUCCUGCCCGCCACCGCCUCUAGCCUGCGCAGCGGCAGCCAGGCAGCACAGCGGCCCACGCCACCAGCGGCAGCAGCAGCAGCAGCAGAGGAGGCGGCGGUGGCCGACUGGCGCUGCCUGCUGGCAGACUGCUGCGCCGCCAUGCGCUGGUGCCUGGACCGGCUGCCCAGCUUCCACCCGGCUGCCCACAGGAAAACUCUGGCCCUCUACCUGUCCUGCCUGGCAGACACGGCGGUUGCCCCGGCCGCCGGUGGCGGCUCCUCCGCAGUCGCUGCCGCCGCCGCAGCAGCAGGCGCGGCCGCCAGCCCCGCCCCCGAGGCGGCUCGCUCUGCGCUGGAUGCGCUGCAAGCCGCUGCCGCCUUCUUCGCCGCGCCCGCGCAGCAGCAGCAGCAGAGCAGGGUGUUUGACGGCUUUGACAGGCUGGCCAGAGGCCAUUACCUGCUGGCGCUGAUGGCCUGCCUGCGUGCCCGCUGCCCUCUGGAGCAGGCCGGGGCGGCGGCGGGGCCGCCGGGCUCCUCCCCGACACCUCUCUCCGCUGCCGCCGGCACUGCGGCGGCAGCCAUGCUGGGCUCGGAAGGCAGCGAGCCUCAGGCCUUCUCCGUGCUGCCUGCGUGGGCGGCGGCGGCGGCGGCAGGAGCAGCGGCGCCGGGGCCUGCGGUGGCGGCGACGGCGGCGGCAGCAGCGGGAGAGCAGCAGACGCCCGGGGCCGGCCUCGCCGCCGCGGCGCCUGGCGGCGCGCCGCCCCCGGGCCUGGCUACCGGCAGGCCUUAUAUGGGCCAGGCGGCGACCCCUCACGGCGCCGGUACUGCGGCGGCGGGCGGCGGCUCCUGGCGCGGCCUGCCCACCCCCGCCACGGCCGGGCGGCAGCAGCUGGCGGCGCAGCUGCUGCGGGCGGCCGCCGGGCUGGAUGCGGCGCAGGUGGGGCCCUGGCUGGCCAAGGCGCACCAGGUCUUCACCGACCUGUCGCUGCACACAGAGGCGGAGGACAGGUGGCGGGGGCUGGCGCUGCCCGCGAUGCAGGAGGCGCUGCGUACCAGCAGCAGCCGGGUGGCGGCCGACCUGGAGCUGCGCCAGCUGUGCGAGGUGCGGCAGGGCAGCCAGGGCGCCGAGGUGCUGCGCAGGCUGUUCAGCCUGUAUGCCGGCCUGUAUGUGCACCUGCUGCAGCACCAGGGAGACGCAGAAAGGCUGCUGCAGCUGCUGGUGGCCAUGAAGAAGCGGGUGAAGAGCUUUGGCGCCGCGGAGGCCAAGCAGGCGCGCUGGCUGCGGCGCCAGGCGCUGGUGCUAUGCGAUGCGCUGCUGGGAACGCUGGGCGCCAGCCUGGCGGUCGUCGAGCGGGAGGCGGGCUCCCUGGCUGCUGGGCGGGAAGCGGCGGCGGGGGCAGGGGCUGGGGCAGGCGCCACAGGGGCAGAGGCGAUGGAUGUGGAAGUGGAGCGGGCGCCAGCAGAUCGGCCGGGGCAGCAGCAGGAGCAGGCGCCGGGCCCCGAGGCGGCGGAAGCAGGAGCGGAGGCGCAGUCUCCGAGCACGGGAGCCCAGCAGCCAGGGCAGCAGCCAGGGCAGGAGCAGGAGGGCGGCGGCGACGCCGUCGCCGCCUCGCCGCCCGCGCCCGGCUCUGCCGCGGCAGCAGCCCAGCGGCAGGCGGCUGGGGCGACCCCGGCUGGUGCCGGCCUGCCGCGGCGCGGCGCCACCCCCGGCACAGACCUGCGAGCGGUGCUGGGCACACCCGGGGCGCUGCCGUGUGCUGAGCGUCAGCAGCUGCUGGAGCGGGGAGCGGCGCUGCUGCUGCUGGCGCACUCUUUUUGGAAGGAUGUGGCCCGCUGGCUGCAGGCAAGUGGCGGGGCGUCUAGCCGGGUCGUGGCGGGCGGCACCGCGGCCGGCGGCGCUCGCGAGGAGCUGCGGGGGCUGGGCAUCAGCGGCGAGGAGCUGGUGCUCAGGGCGUACCGCCUCCACCUGACCCUGGCACAGCCGGCCGCCGCCGCCGCCGCCGCCCAGGCGGGGCUGAGCCGCGCCGAGCAGCUCAAGGCGGCUGACGAGGCGGUGAAGCAGCAGCGGCGGCAGUCCAGGCAGGCGGGCGCCGCGGCCAGGCAGGCGGCGGCCGCAGGUGCGGCGCUGCCUGCCAUUGCAGAGGGCGCGGAGCAGCGGGCGGCGGGCGGGGCGGGGCACAAGCGCGGCGCCACCGCGGCACCAGAAGACGGCCCUCUGCGCAGCACCCGCAAGCGGGGGCGCAGCGGCACAGCAGACCCCGACGACCGCUCGCUGCGGCAGCAGGAAGGGGCACCUGGGCGGCAGAUGGGAUGA